AUGAGCAAGUUUAUUCAUAGCCUGUUACUUGGUCUGUGUACUAAUUAUCCUCCUACCAAUGAUACUGUCACGGAACCGCCACCUUGGAAAUGGGUUCCAGAAAAACAGAUGAUACAACGAGAUAAUGGUACAUUCUACUGUGAACUACGAACUGUAGAAGAAAUUAAAAGGAAAAUUUUAGAUGGAAAAAAGUUGAAAGUUGCAACGUUACCAGAUAGACCACCAAUGAGCUGGGUCGUUCAUGGAAAAAAUGAAACGUUAAUCGGUAAAGGAAUUGCAUUUGAAAUUUUAGACACUCUUAGUAGAAAAUUUGGAUUCACUUAUGAAAUAUCCUUACCCACUCGCAAAACGUUGAUAAAUGAAAAAGGAAGCAUACUAAAUAUGCUGACACAAGGGGAUGUAGACAUGAUUGCUGCCUUCAUACCAGUUCUUCCGGGAUUAGAACAUGAAAUUCAAUGGAGUGUUGAAUUGAGUCAUUUUGAAUACGUUGUAAUGAUGAGAAGACCUAAAGAAUCGGCCACAGGUUCUGGUUUACUUGCUCCAUUCGAAUAUGAGGUUUGGUUAUUAAUUUUAGCAUCGUUAAUAAUAGUUGGUCCCAUAAUUCAUUGUAUAAUGAAACUGCGUUCCAAACUUUGCGAUGGCUCCAGAGUUUAUCCCCUGGCUUCGUGCAUAUGGUUCGUGUAUGGAGCUUUGAUGAAACAAGGAUCGUCUUUAUCACCCAUCAAUGACUCUACCAGAAUUAUGUUUGCCACAUGGUGGAUAUUUAUAAUGAUUUUAACAUCGUUUUAUACUGCCAAUUUGACGGCAUUUUUAACCUUAUCUCGUUUCACAUUACCGAUCCAUAGUGUGGAAGAUAUAGCAAAACCAGACUACAGAUGGGUUGCGCUCGAAGGAGAUGCGAUUGAAUAUUCAGUAAAGCAAGAUAACGAUUUAUCUGUGCUGAGACAAUCAUGGAGACAAGGAAGAGGAAGGUUCAUCAACAAUCCAGAUCAUUUGAGAAUCAAGUCUUUAAUUGCCGAAGGUGUGCUGUUACUACACGAACGAAACUGGCUAAAUUCGUUUAUGCUUGGGCUUGAACGCGAAAUGGAAAUUGAUAAAGAGCAUUGUAAAUAUGUUUUAACCACCAGACCAUAUUUGACUAGAUCGUUAUCAUUUGCUUUUCCAAAGCAUAGCAUUUUGCCUCACCUUUUCAACUCAGACAUGUUAUCAUACGUGGAAUCAGGAAUUAUUAGGCAUUUGCUGACGGCCACUCUACCAGAAGCAGACAUAUGUCCAUUAAAUUUAGGCAGUAAAGAACGCCAGCUACGGGUUUCAGAUUUAUACACCACUUAUGAAAUAAUUAUCACUGGAUUUUGCAUUGCUCUUAGCAUAUUUUGUAUCGAGAUAAUAGGAAAUAGGUUGAAAAAUCGCGAAAUAACAGCUAAUAAGCAAAGUAAAACAAAGAAAUCAAUUACUUCGUACAGAUUAGAUUGUUUGAAACGAAAUAAUAUUUCCGCUAUUCUGAAAGAAGGUACUCCGACGUAUGUAAAUGGUCGAGAUUACAUUACUUUGAAAAAUUCAACUGACAAUAAUUUCAAAAUGGUUCCAGCCAGAGGGUUGUCAGCAUUCUUAGUAAAUAGACUCAAGUACUAAGAUG